AUGAGACUCCCUCAAUCUUUUUUCUUGCUGGCUGUGGCAGGCUCCUCUGCCCGGGCUAGUAGCGAAAAGGUUGCUCGUCCCCGUGGUGUCUCCCCUGAAUUCUCCAAGUUCUACCAGGACUCCGUAACCUUCACCUGUAUCUCCCAUCCUGCAAUUAAGAUCCCUUUCUCGGCCGUCAACGAUGACUUCUGUGACUGUCCAGACGGUAGUGACGAGCCUGGCACGUCUGCCUGUGCUCACCUCUCGCGCAAUUCACCAUUGUCCGUGGCAGAUCGUCCAGGGCACAGUGAUUUUGAGCUCACACUAGCUCUGCCCGGAUUCUAUUGUAAGAAUAAGGGCCACCGACCAUCAUACGUGCCCUCACAGCGUGUGAACGACGGAAUAUGUGAUUACGAACAGUGCUGUGAUGGCAGUGAUGAGUGGGCACAUGUGGUAGGAACCAAGUGUGAAGACCGUUGCAAGGAGAUUGGCAAAAAGUUUCGCAAGCAGGAAGAGCAGCUGGCGAAGUCUAUGACUACUGCUCUGCGGAAGAAAAAAGAGCUUCUUGUAGACGCUGGAAGACAGCAGAAGGAGAUUGAGAACCAGAUUGCCGAUCUCGAGGUUCAGAUCAAAGCCGCUGAGAUUCAGGUAGAGAACCUGGAGACCUCCCUGAAGCAUGUUGAGGAGGAGGAACGUAAGAUUGUUCGGACUAGUGGCAAGGGUAAGGGCAAGGUUUCUGCUCUAAGUGGUAUCGCCAAGGGUCGUAUUGGUGAGCUACGGGAGGGUCUGGUGACCCUUCGUCAACAGAGAGAUGAAGCCCGUGAGCGGGUGAAGGAGCUUGAAGGCAUUCUUUCCACGUUCAAGGUUGAAUAUAACCCUAAUUUCAACGAUGAAGGUGUCAAACGAGCAGUGCGUAGCUGGGAAGACUAUGCUGUUCGUGGAUUGGUUGAGGAUGGCAAUAGUGCCGAGGAUCGUGACUUGAAUGAGAUUGCCAAACCUGAUGGCAAAGACUCUGGUAUUGACUGGGAGCACUGGGACAACCAAGAGGAUGGUUGCAAUGACUCUGAUCUGAUUUACAAGUUUGCAGCUUAUCUCCCACCCACCCUGGUUGAAUUUAUCGAAGAUAAGGCCGUUUCUAUCAGAUCAUUUCUAGAAGAGAAUGGAGUCCUGGCCAAAUCUGAAGAUGAAUCAACAUCCGAAUCCAAAGCUGUGACAGAGGCGCGCGAUGCCGUCAAGGCUGCCGAAGAUUCUUUGAACGAUCUCAAGAACAAGAUCCGUGAUGAACGUGCUGAUCUUGAGAUGGACUACGGCAAAGCUUCUAUUUUCCGGGCUCUUAAGGGUCACUGCGUCUCCAAAGAUGCUGGUGAAUAUACAUAUGAGCACUGCUUCCUAGACAGCACGAAGCAGAACCAAAAGAAGGGCGGCUCCUCCAUGUCUAUGGGCAAAUUCGUCCGAAUUGGAUCUACCAGUGUGGAAGAACUCAACGAGGCCGGCGAGAUAGUCACUGUGGAAAAGGUCGCACUUGAGUAUGAGCGUGGUCAAUCUUGCUGGAACGGACCCCAGCGAUCCACCAAGGUUGUUUUGGAAUGUGGCGAGGAGAACGAGAUUCUGAAGAUAGCUGAGGAUGAGAAGUGUGUGUAUUCUAUGCUGGUGACUACCCCUGCUGUUUGUGCUGGUGGUGAGGAGUUUGAUGAUGCUCCCCGCGCGAAAGAUGAGCUGUGA